GUCGUGUCUACAUCGUCUCAUCAUGGACAUCCGACGGGUCUUUAGGACUUUGAGUCUGCUGUUACCUGUUGUUGGAGUUGCCCUCGGCAACGGAGAUGACGGCUGGUCCACGAACGUGCAGUCGGAGGUCCGAGCCAUCGAGGGCUACCCGGUGGUCCUGCCCUGCACCUUCAGCCACCCGCAGCACUCCCAGCAUUCCUCCCUGCAGGUGGUGUGGCGUCUCGGCCACGGUCAGGGCGCCACCGUCCUGUACCGCUGCACCAGCCGACCCGGGGCCCCCACCUGUGAGCCGGGGCCCCAGCAGGACCAGCGCUACCGGCUGGAGGGCAACCCGAGGGAGCACGACCUGUCGCUGCGGAUCAGCAGCGCCAACCUGCAGGACAGCGGGCGCUACUUCUGCAGGGUGGAGGUUCAGGGACGGGAACACAUCAGCUUCGAGGACAAGAUGGGGACCAGACUGAGAGUGGAGGCGCCUCCAAAGAUCCUGGCUCUGUCGGUGGAGGGCAGUGAGCAGUCCGGGUACAGGGCCCUGUGUCGGGUCCAGGGAUCCCCGUUGCCGGACGUCCAGUGGCUCGGCCCGGACGACCUGCUGGAGGGCUCCCAGGUCGGCCCGCUGGCUCAGGGCUCGGAGACUCACUUUCACACCGUCAGCCAGCUGAGGGACGUGGAGCCGGGCCAGCAGUACACCUGCAGCGCCUCCAACCCGCUGGGCAAAGAACAGGCCACCCUGUACGUCCUGGUCCCCCGGGCCCCGCUGUACAUGAGCGGGGCCUCGCCUCCUCUCCUGCUGGUUCUGUCGGUGUCUCUGGGGGCAAAGGUCCUCCUGCUGGUGGGGAUGGGGGUCUGGAUGGUGCAGGGAGGAGCUCUGCAGGGAGUCAGCUGCUGGUGGAAAUAAUCUGCUCUCACAUAAACUAAUGUAUAUACUUUAAACAACAUUUCAGAAACUUAUUUAGCAUUUAUGA